AUGUCUCGCGCAAUAUCAACACAGUGUAUUGGUAUUAUCUUCCAAAGCUUGACAUCAAAACGUAAAAGUGGUCAUCGUAUAUUUGAGAGUUUCAUUGAGGAGAAUCGUUCAUGCUUUUGGAAUAUUGCGUUGGUUGAUGCGGUGAAUAGUAUUGAAUAUAUUGGCUUUAUGCGACCAGGGACGUUAUUUGUAUCAUCAGUAUCCGAAAGGCAUUUAAUAACGUUAAGAUCGGCAUGGGCUCGUCGUAUACUGAAACCUGCGAAAGGAUUUACAAUCCUCUCAUUAGGUAUGUAUAUCACUAGUUUUAUUAAAUGA